UUCUUGCUCAUCCUGUUUCCCGAGUCUCUCUUAAACCCUCUUGUCAUCAUCUUCAUUACAACAACAAUCCUCUCAUUUUCAUUUUCAUUUUCAUUUUCAAAACCCUCUCAUACUCAUAGACACAAAUAGUUAGGCUUUAAGAAUGUGUGGCGGUGCUAUCCUCGCUAAUCUCAUUCCUCCUCGCCAACAUGGCCAACGUGCCGCUGCCUCUGAUCUCUGGCCCAUCCCUAAGUUCGACCCCUUCAAGUCAAAUCUGAGCCGACUCGGCCAUGCUGAUCCAGUCCCCCUUAAACGACCCCAGCCACCUUCAGUUGAUGUGCGCGAAGAAGCAGAGAAGCCAGCAAAGAGGCAAAGGAAGAACCUGUACAGAGGGAUUCGGCAGCGCCCGUGGGGAAAAUGGGCCGCAGAGAUACGCGACCCGAGGAAAGGGGUUCGCGUCUGGCUCGGCACUUUCAACACCGCCGAGGAAGCGGCCCGAGCCUACGACCGAGAGGCACGUAAGAUCCGUGGAAAGAAAGCUAAAGUCAAUUUCCCCAACGAAGACGACCACGAGGACUGCUUCUACUUCACCCCCACCCAAAGUCGCCGUAAUCCGCCCAGCGCCAGCUUUCCUCAUCAUCAACCCCAUCACGACGCUGAUUCGAACAAUAGCUUUAUAAAAGGUUCGGGUUUUGGGUUUGGUUACGAUCUGAAUCAGAUUGGAGAAUAUGGGUUUGAGCCAGUUGGGGCAGUGAACGCUAACGACCCAAUCGUUGAUGAGAUUUCUGGGUCUGGAUCAGAGGGGGCUCAUUCAUCGACUAAAUUGUUCUGCGCGAAUGGUCAGGAGGUGAAGACCAAAGAGGAAGAGAAAGAGAUUGAGGAGGAAGAGAACGAGGUGCGGAAGCUGUCUGAGGAGCUGAUGGCGUACGAAAACUUCAUGAAGUUCUAUCAGAUUCCGUACUACGAUGGCCAGUCGCCACCACCAGCGCCCAACGCUGCUCAGGAAAACGUGCUGGCUCGUCUCUGGAGCUUCGAUGACUCGGAGAUCGAUCCUGCCUCUGUGACCUCUUCGGCUAUGUAACGGCGUCGUUUGUUGCUGAACCUUCUCUCUCUCUCCUCCACGUUUUUUUCCUUUUUCCUGUUUUUUUGUCAAAUUUUUAAGGUGUUGUUUGGUUGGGGGGAAUAAUGUAAAUUUAUUUGGGGAAUUUGAUGGUUUUGUUCAUUAGUUCUUGCUUCCUUCUAGUAUUACACAUGUAAUUUUAAGUUUUGUUGGUUGAUAGAAAGCAAGAACUUCAUGUUAUUGCAAAAGUCUUCUAUUUUUCUAAUUUCCCAAAUGAAAUUGUCUGAAUUUGAAAUU